AUGGCGAUGGCUCCUACGAGCUUGCUGCUUUCGCUUUCCAUUGUCUUGCACCUGGCGCUGGCGGCAGCCGGAGCGGAAGGAGAAGAUGCCGCAGCUCUGCUCGCUUUCAAGGCCGCGGCGGUCGGCGGCGGCGGCGUGCUUGCGUCGUGGAACGGCAGCGCCGCCGGGGUGUGCAGCUGGGAAGGCGUGAGGUGCGACCGGCUGCGGCGGGUGGUGGCGCUUAGCCUGCGCGGGCAAGAUCUCUCCGGGACACUGUCGCCGGCCGUCGGCAACCUGACGUCGCUGCGGGUGCUCAACCUGAGUUACAACUGGCUGCACGGUGAGAUUCCCGCAAGCCUCGGCCGCCUGCGUCUCCUCGGGACACUAGACCUGAGCUUCAACACCUUCUCCGGCGACGUCCCCGGCAACCUGACCUCCUGCACCAGCUUGAAAAACCUGCUCCUCGGCAGCAACAACCUCACGGGGCGCAUACCAGCGGAGCUCGGCAACACGCUGACUGGCCUUCAGAGGCUAGGCCUUGACAACAACAGCUUCAUCGGCCACUGGCCGGCUUCACUGGCCAACCUGACGUCCCUGCGAUACCUCAGCCUCAGGAUGAACAGUCUCGAGGGCACAAUACCUCCCAGUUUCGGCAGCAACAUGCCACGCCUUCGCUCCAUCGACAUCUGCUCCAACAACCUGAGUGGUGCACUCCCGUCUUCCCUGUACAAUUUGUCAUCGCUAGAGAUCUUUGUCGCCGGAAACAACAAGCUGAAUGGAAGCAUUGCUUCUGAUAUUGGUGAAAAGUUCCCUCGGUUGAAUUCUUUUGCGGUGUUCAACAACCAGUUCAGCGGGGAAAUUCCUCCCUCGUUCUCCAAUCUCACUAACCUCUCGAACCUGCAGCUAGCAGAAAACGGAUUUCGUGGCUUCGUGCCCCGUGAUCUAGGGAAGUUUAAUGCUCUGGAGAAUCUACAGCUGGGUGAUACUAUGCUUGAAGCAGGGGACAUGAAGGGCUGGGAAUUUGUUGAUUCAUUGGUAAACUGCAGUAAGCUAAAGGUUUUAGUUCUCAGUGGCAACAAUUUCACAGGGCAGCUCCCUACUUCGAUAGCGAAACUGUCAACAUCUCUCCAGAUUCUAUACUUGGGUGACAGUAGGAUUUCUGGAGGCAUCCCCUCUGAUAUUGGUAAUUUGGUCGGUCUAAGAUCACUAUACCUGUCUAAUACAGACAUCUCAGGUGUAAUUCCAGAGAGCAUUGGGAAGCUGGAAAACUUGACUGCGGUAUACCUGAAUAACAAUAGCUUGUCUGGUCAUGUCCCAUCUUCCAUCGGAAAUCUCACCAAGCUGAUGAAGCUAUUCAUGCAAGACAACAAAUUGGAAGGACCAAUCCCUGCGAAUCUUGGUAAGCUGAAAAGCCUUGAAGUUCUUGAUUUAUCAAGAAAUCACCUCAAUGGUUCGAUCCCAAAAGAAAUUUUGGAGCUGCCUUCCCUUACACAGUACUUGAAUUUAUCAUACAACUCUCUCUCUGGAGCGCUUCCUUCUGAAGUUGGGAGCUUAUCUAGCCUCAGCGAGUUGAUUCUGUCAGGAAACCAAUUGUCUGGCCUGAUGCCAAGUAGCAUAAAAAAGUGCAUAGUGCUGACUGUAAUGUCAUUGGACAGUAACUCUUUUCAAGGAACUAUACCUGAGUUUCUUGGGGACAUUAAGGGGCUCCGCUUACUGAACCUAACCAUGAACAUGUUUUCUGGUGUGAUUCCUGAUGCCCUUGGUAGCAUCCACAGCCUGCAAGAGUUGUAUCUAGCGUACAACAACUUGUCCGGGCCUGUCCCAGCAGUCCUGCAGAAUGUGACAUCAUUAUCAAAGUUGGAUCUAUCUUUCAAUGAUCUGCAAGGUGAAGUGCCAAAAGAAGGUAUUUUUAAAAACUUAUCUUACUUGUCUUUAGCUGGAAACAGUGAGCUUUGUGGGGGAGCAUCCCAUCUUCACCUGCCUGCAUGCUCCACACAUGCUGUUAGAACUAGAAGCAAAAUGUGGUUAAGGUCUCUUAAAAUAGCUCUAGCAGCAAUAGCUGUAGUCUUGUUCUUAGCUCUAGUUAUGGCGAUCAUUCUGUUAUUCCAUCGUAGAAAGCCUAUAGAUAGGAAGAAAGGACAGCCCUUAACUCGAGUUGUUAAGGAACACUAUGAAAGAGUUUCUUAUCAGGACUUGUCAAAUGGAACCAAGGGAUUUUCUCAUGACAAUUUGCUUGGAAAAGGAAGCUAUGGUGCAGUCUAUAAAUGCACUUUUUUUGAUGAGGAAACUAUUGCUGCUGUAAAGGUGUUUUACCUUGAGCAGUCUGGAUCUACCAGAAGUUUUGUGGCAGAAUGUGAAGCACUGAGAAGGGUUCGCCACCGUUGUCUCAUAAAGAUCAUCACUUGCUGCUCAAGCAUAAAUAAUCAAGGUCAAGAUUUCAAGGCACUAGUUUUUGAGUUUAUGCCCAAUGGAAGCUUAUAUGGUUGGCUUCAUCCAAAAUCUGAUAGGCCCACUGUUGCCAAUACUUUGAGCCUAAUUCAAAGGCUGGACAUUGCUGUUGAUAUUGUGGAUGCUCUGGAAUAUCUUCAUAAUGAUUGCCAACCACCGAUCGUUCACUGUGAUCUCAAGCCAAGCAACAUCCUUCUUGCUGACGACAUGAGUGCUCGAGUUGGAGAUUUCGGCAUCUCAAGAAUCCUAACUGAGAGUGCGAGCAAAACCCUGCAAAAUUCUAGCAACACAAUCGGAAUAAGAGGCUCCAUAGGUUAUGUUGCUCCAGAGUAUGGGGAAGGCUCUGCAGUCUCCACCCUUGGAGAUGUUUAUAGUCUGGGCAUAUUGCUACUUGAGAUGUUUACAGGAAUGAGCCCAACAGACGAUAUGUUCAGAGAUUCACUGGACCUGCACAGUUUUGCAGAGGCUGCCCAUCCUGACAGAAUCUUGGAGAUAGCCGAUCCGACACUAUGGGUGCACGCAGACACCAAGGAUAGCAUCACAAGAAGCAGGGUGCAGGAGUGUUUGAUUUCAGUCAUUGGCCUCGGCUUAUCCUGCUCAAAGCAUCAACCGAAAGAGCGAAUGCUGAUACAGGAUGCAGCCGUGAAGAUGCACGCGAUCAGAGACGAAGCCUACCUGAUGUUUUCCGGCUCUUUUUCAGUGGACAUGGAAGAUGAGACGAAACAAAUUUGAAGCGAUUUGAAGCAAGAGUGAGUAAACUAGGCCUGAAAAAAAGGUAGAAUAACGAGAUAUGCUAGCUGCAGAUAGCGGCUUCUGCCAGAAACAUGUUUAGACGCAUUUGGUUGCGUCAGUUCAUAUGGCUGUGUAAUGCAAGCUAAUACUUGAAACUUUUGAGUGUAUACUUUUUUUUUGGGACAUGUUGAAGGUGUAUAUUAUUACUUCCAUUACUACUCUGAGAACAAGACUUCAUAUCUGGAAAACUGUCAAUAAAGAUUUACGAAUGU